GGGGCCUGGUGGGAGAGCCAGCCAAAAAAUAUAACUGAGAGAGAGAGAGAGAGAGAGAGAGAGAGAGAGAGGGUAUUGUAUGUGGUGGUUAAGAUUGUAGAGUUGCAAAACUAGAUAAAAAAUUGUGUUGAGAGGUAGCAGUGUUUCAGAGGUUGAGAGGGGAUGGGAUAGAGGAGAGAAAACUGAAAACGGGUCUAGUGUGAAGUGAAAGAGAAAAGACAUAAAUUGGAGAGAGAUAGAGAGAGAGGGGGGGCGAAAGAGAAAGAGAAAGACAGAGAAAGAGAGAUGGUGGGCUCGGGAGCAUCAGAUAGGAGCAAAGAAGCUGUUGGGAUGAUGGCCCUUCAUGAGGCCCUCAGAAGCGUCUGUCUCAACUCAGACUGGACUUACUCUGUCUUCUGGACUAUCCGUCCUCGCCCAAGAGUCAGAGGUGGUAAUGGGUGCAAGGUUGGAGACGACAACGGCAGCUUAAUGUUGAUGUGGGAAGAUGGGUUCUGUCGAGGAAGAGUCGGGGAUUGUCUUGAGGAGAUCGAUGGUGAAGACCCCGUCAGAAGAGCCUUCAGCAAGAUGUCCAUUCAGUUAUAUAAUUAUGGAGAAGGGUUGAUGGGGAAGGUUGCAUCUGACAAAUGCCAUAAAUGGGUCUUCAAAGAACCAACAGAAUGUGAACCAAAUAUAUCUAACUACUGGCAGAGUUCUUUUGAUGCUCUUCCUCCUGAAUGGACUGAUCAGUUUGAGUCAGGAAUUCAGACAAUAGCUGUAAUUCAAGCUGGCCAUGGCCUUCUACAGUUGGGUUCUUGCAAGAUUAUACCGGAGGACCUUCAUUUUGUACUAAGGAUGAGGCACACAUUUGAAUCUCUAGGCUACCAAUCUGGAUUCUACCUCUCCCAGCUCUUUUCUUCAAACAGAAACACUUCCUGUACUUCCUCACUCCCUUUAAAGCAGUCACCCAUGCCAAUCCGCCCUCAUGCACCGCUCUUCAAUUGGGGCCAAAGGCCCCUUCCAUCGGCAACUUCUGUACUUUCUUCACCCAAUUUUCCAAACUCGGCCAGACUUGGAUUUCCACAACCCAAAGAUGAAACCCACAUGUUUCUCCUACCUCAUUCAUCUGAAACCUGUAUUGAAGACAUGGUGGGAGAGCACCAAAACGACAUCAAGUGGCCAAACGGGCUGUCUUUCUUCAAUGCUCUCACUGGACGUGCUGAAGAUGCCAAGUUGUUGUUUAAUCCGGAAAGCUUAAGAAACAAACUAGAUCAGAAUCCAAACCCAAAUUCGGAUGCGUCAAAUAUGCAUAAUGGUGGUGGAGCAAACCCCAAUGAGUUCUUGAGCUUGGACAGCCAUCCGGAGAGUGCAAGUAAGAUGGAAAACAAAUUUAAGAGGAGCUUUACUUUACCGGCUAGAAUGGCUUCAUCCUCUUCGUCCACAUCUAUUGAUCAUCACCAGCAGCACCAACCUGUGGAGUACAGGGAUCCUGAAGCGGCUAUGUACACGGAUGUUAUGGAGACAUUCAUGGAGUGAAUUGAAGAGUCUAGCUUGUAUUAGAGGGAAAAAAGGAUGAGGUGUUGUAUCUAGGCUAAGCUUUUGUGUUCCUUACUGCUCAUGUUCACAUGCUUCUUUUUAUGCAAUUUGUAUUUGGUUUUUCUUUCAUCCAUUACUAUGACUUAAAGAUCAGUUGUUGUAGUAGAUCAAAACAUAACUUUUCCUUAUAA